AUGGCACCAAUCGAGGAAAUGCAGAUUGCCCAGCUCAACCGCUCUAUCCGGACGAUCAAAGCGGAACUCGAAUACUUGUGCGACGCAUCUGUCAUUACACCGCAGCAGCUGUCGUCGCUGUUGUCACAAAUCCCCGCCCAGACUGCUCUGCAUGCGCCCUUGUCCGUCGGCGCCGUCCCUGGCGCCGUGCCCGCCAACAAUGCCGUCCCCACAGCGCCCAUGGCCAACCUGAACAUCAACAGAGACGAGAAGAAGCAAGGAAACAACUUCUACCAGCCCUCGCCAGCAGCCACUCCUGCUCCCCCACCAGCAUAUGCUGCUCCUCCGCCAUCCAUGCCUCCGCUUGCUCAAGCAACUGCUCUGUAUGCGUACAAUGGCACCGAUCCUGGCGACCUUGAACUUCAGCCCAACGACCAUAUCAAUGUUACAGAGUACAUGAACGCCGAGUGGUGGAAGGGCCGUUCGUCGCGCACUGGUCAGGAGGGUAUCUUCCCUCGCUCGUACGUCCGUGUCAUUGAGAACGCUAUGCCGCAACCUGGACCUACAAACUACGGUAACAUGCCUCUUGAGGUCAGUGGCCAGGGUGAUGGUAGUGGCAAGGUUCCUAGCAAGGGUGAGGAGAUGGGCAAGAAGUUCGGCAAGAAGCUUGGAAACGCAGCCAUCUUCGGUGCUGGUGCUACUAUUGGUGGUAACAUUGUCAACUCCAUCUUCUAG